CACACGUGCUCAUUGAGUUUGUGCCUAAGCUGGAGCACAAUCUUCCUCCGUCGAAAGCCACCCCGAUAUCUCUCAUACUGAUAGAUCCCCAUUCCCCACGCUCAUCACCUCCUCAGACUCCCGCCCGCCGCCCGGCCGGCCGCAAUCUAACCUACUCUCAAGUCUUAUCCUCUAUAUGAAUUCAGAAACUAACAUCCCUGAGCCUUCAUCCGAAAAGGAGAGCCAAAUUUGUUAGUACUUUUUGUUUAAUUGAAAAGGUGCUCUGAUUUCAUGACAUCUUGAGUUUUUAAUCAUACCCAGUUUGAUUUCUUCCAAAAUCCAAUUUCGGUUUCAGGGGUUUAUUGUUUAUCUUUUGUGGAAUCCAAUAUCAAUUUGGAUUGAGAAUUUGGAGUAUCCCUCCAAAUCGAAUUCAGUGUGUUGUUGGGUUUAGAUUACUAACACAAAUCUUCGUGAAUUUUGGUUUUUCCGUUCACUUUACAUCUUCUAUGUUGAAGUUCAUGAUAAGGACUGAAGAUUGGCAUUAGCUGCUACCAGUUUUGUUGGUCUGUCAAGGACGGGAGAUUGGUCUGGCUCCUGUUGGUCGUUUGACUUCAGUUCACUGCACUACUCCAGUCUUCGGCUCUUCGCCUCCUCGCCGUCUUCAGUCUUCCUGGAGUUCCUGCUCGGCUGCUGCCGCUGCUUUUGCCGACUGCUCGGCUUCUCAUUCAACUACUCCAGUCUUUGGCGUCUUCGGUCUUCCUGCUUGGCUGCUCUUGCGGACUUGCCGAUUUGCCGUCGGUGCUCAGCACGAAGUUCUAUCUUAACAACGUACAAUAAGGACGGGAGGUUGGCGAGUUAAAGUUGGCCUUUUUAUUUUUGGAGUAGUAACAGAAGUGGUGUGCAGUGUAACAAGGACGGGGAGGUCGGUUUGUUGGCAGGACGGGACGGGAGACUGGUCUAAGGUCCAACAUCCUAUCCUAUUGGUCGUUUUGACUUCAGUGUAGACAAAAAAGAUCUUUUGUGCAAAUUAAAUUAAAAAAAAAAACAUGGGAGAUUCAGUUUGGUCGAGUCUUUUACCCGAUCUGUUGGUCAGCAUAGCGACAAAGAUACAACUGGUCGAAGACUUCAUGGCUUUCAGAGGGGUUUGCACUUCAUGGCGUGCCGCUGCACAUGUGGACAAGUUUGUUAAGUCAUGGCCCAAUGUUCCAUUGCUGAUGCUUGCAGAGAAGGAGGACAGUGAUGAUCGAGAAUUCUACAGUCUAUCCAGAGGUAGGAUUUGGAGGACGUUGUCACUACCCGAAGCAAAAGGUAAAAAAUGCAUUGAAUCAAGAGGGUGGUUGAUGACGAUAGGAAAGUCCGGAGACGUGAACUUGUUGCAUCCUUUCUCGGGGGUCCAAAUUGAGCUCCCACAUCUAUUCACGUUCCCCGCCCAUGAAUUAGAGGUCGAUCCUUGUUUUUUUGUAAUAAAAGCUGUUUUAUCGGCGAGUCCUUCACAUACAUCGGAGUUUGUUCUGGUGGUGGUUGGUGGUGCUGGCCGAUUUCUGGGGUUUUGGAGACCAGGAGACAAGUCUUGGACAAGAAUGGAAUCUUCACCGAAUGGUGCCUUCAACGAUGUUAAUUUUUAUAAUGGUGCCUUCAACGAUGUUAAUUUUUAUAAUGGAAAAGGCUACGCAAUCACUUAUGGUGGCGAUAUUUGGGUUUGGGAUAUUUCAGAUCCUACGGUAGCUCAUUAUGGUUUUACCAUAGAUCGGGAGUUGAUCAAAUGUAGAGAGUCGUAUCUUGUAGAAUCAGAUGGUGAAUUACUAAUAGUUGCACGGGAUGGGGCUGCACUUGAGGAUGAUGAUGAGGAGACCUAUGGGGCUACCAAUUUUCGAGUCAUACAACUGGAUUUAAUCAAGAGGGGAUGGAAGGAGAUCACCAAUGUGGGGGAGAGGGCCAUUUUUGUUGGGCAUAAUGGUGCAUUUUCGAUUGAUGCCACUAGCUUUCCGAACGUAAUCAAGCCAAAUUGCAUCUAUUUCACGGAUGAUGCAAUAGAAGCCUAUACUUUUACUCAGCAAGGGGGUGGGAAGGACAUGGGUGUCUACAAUCUUGAAGAUGGUGGACGGAUUGAACGUUUUGACGGUGUCCAGUCGUUUAGUUUGAUCGGUCCACCAGUUUGGGUAGCACCAUCUUUCUAAUUUACCAGUCUGAUAGAAUAUUUAGUAACUCUUUUAGCAGCAUUUUUUUUGAAGAUUUGUAUGUACUGUGUGAAAGAGAUAUAGGAUGUAGGGGCUCUCUGCUGUUCAGUAAAACUCUAUAAUCCUUUAUUGCAUUUUAGGUGGAAGGUGUUUGGUUAUUGAAAGAUUGAGCUUCGUGCUUAUUUAAGUUUAUUGACUUCUUUUUUUA